AUGUCUUCAAAUAUUAGCAACUCUAAGGAAAGCAAACGCACAGCAAGGACGGAUGACCUGGCUCCGCCGCCAAUGCCAGUCAUUCCAGAUAACCUGGCUCCACCCCCUAUGCCUGUUAUUCCAGAUAACCUGGCUCCUCCCCCUAUGCCAGUCAUUUCAUCUAACCUGGCUCCGCCCCCUAUGCCAGUCAUCCGGAAAGACCUGGCUCCGCCGCCAAUGCCAGUAAUUCCAGCUAACCUGGCUCCACCCCCUAUGCCUGUCAUUCCAGCUAACCUGGCUCCGCCGCCAAUGCCAGUAAUUCCAGCUAACCUGGCUCCACCCCCUAUGCCUGUCAUUCCAGCUAACCUGGCUCCACCCCCUAUGCCAGUCAUUCCAGCUAACCUGGCUCCACCCCCUAUGCCAGUCAUCCGGAACGACACGGCUCCGCCGCCAAUGCCUGUCAUCCGGAACGACACGGCUCCGCCGCCAAUGCCUGUCAUCCGGAACGACACGGCUCCGCCGCCAAUGCCAAUCAUUCCAGAUAACCUAGCUCCUCCCCCUAUGCCUGUCAUUCCACCUACCCUGGCUCCUCCCCCUAUGCCUGUUAUUCCAGAUACCCUGGAUCCUCCACCUAUGCCUGUCAUCCGGGAUGAUGUGGCUCCGCCGUUGAUGGCAGCACAUGUUUCAUACACGUUUGAUCCCAUGGGCGGCUACCCCGGUUCGCCUCCCACCCAGUCUGACAUUGAGUUCGAGGAUGUGACAGAUCAGACGGCAUAUUUUAACCCUCCUUUUCUAUAUAAUUAUACCGAGCAGCAGCUACGGGCAACAUACGACCAAAUAAUCGACAGUUCCGUUGGCGACAAUAGUUAUGACAGCAAGGUCACAACGUUUAAGAACCUCCGCCUGCAUCAGCUGCAGUCAGAAAUUCUGACUUAUAAUGCGCUGGAGGAAAUUGACGCUGGGCUGGCAGGGAUUGAAUCGAGUUUGGAAAAGCAUUUGUAUACCGGUAGAGAUGAAUAA